AUGAGUGCCGAUCUACAAUCAUUCAUGGGCCGCAGAGGAGUCAAGGCCAUGGGACUUGUCUUGCUCUUGUCCUGUCUAGCAUUGCUCGCUAAAUACUACACAUACGAGCCCAAUUCAUCCCACUUUAGAAGAGCAUUGUUCUAUAGAAAUGACUCUUCGGUACAGCAGGGCCAAUUCAACAGCCAUUUCAGUUGGACUGAUGGCAAUGGCGGCUUGCAUCAAUUACCUAUCGAAACAGUGUUAUCAAAGUCGUUUUCGCUAUCUUCUUACUCUGAACAAUCCCAAAUCAUCCCCUACUACUACAAAUCUGCAAUGAACAUGACGGGUGAGGACAUUACCAUUGUUACACUGGUUACAAGAAACCGAAUUCCCAAUCUAGCAAAACUUGCCACACAAUAUCAAGGCCCUAUCUCUACCACAAUCCAUAUAUCAGAUGACGCUGAAGGUGAAUACACGCUCGAGCUUCUCCAAAAGGCCAUGGAUAAGAACCCCAACAUGCGCAAAUUCGUCGAUGUUCAUGUGGUCCGUGAUGAAUUUGAUCGCGAGUUGAAUCUCUGGCGAAACGUUGCUAAACUGUUUGCAAGAACCGAAUACGUGAUGCAGCUUGACAUCGACUUUUUUCCAUGCACUGAUAUCCGCAAGUCUGUAUUGAACAACCCCAAGGCCAUGGAAUUGCUGCGUUCAGGCGAGGCUGCUUUGGUGAUACCCGCCUUUGAGUACGCCAAGCAGGAAGAAGGCUUGGACUAUCGUCAUUUCCCUACCAACAAGCCCGAUCUUGUCAAACAAUAUAAUGAUAACAAGGUGGAGAUGUUUCAUUCUUUCUGGCUGCCUGGCCAUGCCCCCACGGAUUACGAGCGCUGGAUAUCAGACGAAAAGGAAAUCUACAAAGUAACUACCUAUCAACACUCUUACGAGCCCUAUGUCAUCUUCAAGAACCAGGGCUCUCCAUGGUGCGACGAGAGAUUUGCUGGCUAUGGUAGCAACAAGGCUGCUUGCUUGUACGAACUCUACAUUUCUGGCGUCGAUUACUAUGUAUUGCCCAACGACUUUAUCGUGCACCAGACACAUGCUUAUCCUGAUGAAGCCAGACAAGUUGAGAGAUACUACAACCGCAGACUAUACACGCAAUUUAGAGAAGAAAUCUGUAUCAGAUUGGCUCGCAGAUUCAUCACCCAAAAGAAGUGGGAUCAACCCAAGUCUGAGAACCUAAGACAAGAAUGCGCCUCCAUCAAACCCUUCCAAAGAGCCAUCGGAAGAUUCGUGUAG